GAAGUAAUGACAGCUAAGGUUCAGUGAUAUGGUGAAUGUGACAAGUGUAGUUAUAUGUGUGUAUGUAUAUAGGUAUAUGUGUUUGUGUAUAUGUUUAUACACGCAUGCACACACACACCAGUCAUGCAUUGCUUAACGUCCAUGAUACGUUCUGUGAAAUAGGACCUUAUGUGGUUAUGUCAUUUGGAUGUUGUGCAAACACGUUAUAUUCAAGCAUUCCUCUGCUUAUGAACGUCUGACUUACAUACAACCUGUAAUUAUAAACCAACUCCCAUAAAACCUAUUAUAUUAAAAUUUUGAGGUACAUGCAGUUGUUCCUAGUACCAAACCGGUGCUACUUUGCAGAGCACGUCAAAACAGCAUUAUUAUUACUACUGUAUUAUUAUGAUACAGAUGUUUUAGUGUGUGUCUAUAAAAAGCAGAUGUGUUGCCAUCAAGUUGAUUCUGACUCAUAGUGAUCCUGAAGGACAGAGUAGAACUGCUCCAUAAGGAUUCCAGGGAGUAGUUGGUGGACUCAAACUGCCAGUCUUGUGGUUAGCAACCAAGGUCUAAACCAGUGGGCCACCAGGCCUCCUUUAGACUGUCGGGGUUUCUGAGCUCUAUUAUUACUUUGUGGGAGUACAGACAUAUAAGCCCUUGGACAUUGCCUGAAUGCACAUUGUGCAACACUUGACUGUAUAUAUAUCUCAAAUCCCUUGCCAAGUCUGUUCCAACUCGACAGUGCCAUUGGUUAGAUUCGAACCACCGACCUUAAGUUCUAGGCAAGUGCUAACCUUUUGUGCCAUCCAGGUAACAUAUAUGUAUAUAAAACUAGCUCUAAUAUUGCAUGUUAUGGAGAACUUUCUCCGUACAGUAUUUUCAUAACUGUGAGUCAGAUAAUUGAAUAUUUGCAACAUAUGUCACUUAUAUAGAAUUCUUAGAAUGACCCCUAUUUUACGAACUCAGCGAAAUAAACAUAGCAUCUCUGCUAGAUUAUUUAAUCUGUGAAACAUGAGACAAUUUAGGGCAAAAGAAACGUGUUUACAGUAACGAAAUGGUAACAAAUUUAUAUCCAACAGCAUGCUGCCUAUUUUUAAUAGAAGGCAUAUGGUAGAGAACCUCUGUGAAAGUAAUGAAGACAGUCAGGGUGGACAGACCUUCAGCUGGAUUCGCAAUCUUCCUGUGCUCAAAGGAACUCGUAUGGAAGCAUAUCCUUCUGGAUGCCUUGAGUGUGGAAAAUCCUUGAGGAAUCAUUCAUCGCUUAAGCAUCAUAUCAGGUCUCACUGUGGAUGCAGUGCCUCUCGGUGUAAGGAAUAUGGAGAAGCCUGCAGUUGUCCUGCCUACCUCAGCACUCCAGUGAGAGCUCUUACUGGAGAGAAACCCUAUGAAUGUAAGGAAUGUGGCAAAACCUUUUGUUAUUCCUCAAACCUCACUGAACAUAUAAGAAGUCACAGUGGAGAGAGGCCUUAUGAAUAUAAGGAAUGUGGGAAAGCCUUUAGUUGCUUAUCAAACCUCACUACACACAUGAGAACUCACAGUGGAGAGAGGCCUUAUGAAUGUAAAGAAUGUGGCAGAGCCUUUCAGCAGUUCUCACACCUCAUUUCACAUAUGAAAACUCACAGUGGAGAGAGGCCUUAUGUCUGUAAGGAAUGUGGCAAAGCCUUUAGACAUCCCUCAGUCCUCACUGCACAUACAAGAACUCACAGUGGAGAGAAGCCUUAUGAAUGUAAGGAAUGUGGCAAAGCUUUUAACUGGGUAUCUUCCCUAGCUGCACAUGUAAGAAUUCACACUGGAGAGAAGUCUUAUGAAUGUAAGGAAUGUGGCAAAGCCUUUGCUUGGUCAUCAAACCUCACUGCACAUAGGAGAAUUCACACUGGCGAGAGGCCUUUUGCAUGUAAGGAAUGUAGCAAAGCCUUUAGUCAUCUUUCAAGCCUCACUGCACAUAUGAGAACUCACAGUAGGGAGAUGCCUUAUGAAUGUAAAUAA